AUGGUUUCACUUAUCAGGACAUUGGACGCCCACACUGAUAAAGUGUGGAGUGUUUCGGUACACCCUACCUUGCCGUUGAUUGCGACCGCUUCAACUGAUAAAACUGCUUGCAUUUAUGGGUUGAACGAGAAGUUUCCCUUAUUGUCGAGGUUAGAAGAUGCACACAAGAGAUCUGUUAGAUCUGUGGCCUUCAAGCCGCCUUUGACUGCCUCUGCUGACUUCUUGGACCUUCCAGCUGUUGCUUGUGGCUCCUUUGAUUCUACCAUCUCAGUAUGGGGAAUAGAUGAGCCUGAAGAUGAAGAGGAUGAGGAUGUAGACGAUGAGUACGAUGACGACGAAAACACCGGCAAAAGGAGCCAACUGGACAUAUUGUGCUCACCCAACAACCAAUGGAACUUGAUGGCCAUUAUAGAGGGCCAUGAAAACGAAGUCAAAUCUGUGGCCUGGAACUCCCAUGGUAACCUCUUGGCCUCGUGCUCCAGAGAUAAGACCGUCUGGAUAUGGGAGACCGAUCCUGAGACGUUGGAGGAAUUUGAAUGUAUUUCCGUCUUGAACGAUCAUCAGCAUGACAUUAAGCACAUAGUAUGGCACCCAACAAGAAAUAUACUUGCCAGCUCUUCGUACGACGAUACGGUGAGGAUCUACAAAGAAGACGACGAUGAAUGGAGCUGUGUUGGCGUGUUGAAUGGACACGCUGGUACUGUUUGGUGCUCGGCCUUCGACCCCACACUUGCCAGUACAUCGACCAUUCGCUUGGUUUCUGUUUCUGACGACUUAACUGUUAAGAUCUGGAAGAGCACGGUCGAAGAGGAAGAGUCAGAAGAAGCCAACCCAAUCAGAAGCUCAAUAAGAAAAGAUGUUGAAAUGGAUUGGGAAUUGGACGUUGAGCUCCCAGUAGUUCACACACACCCUAUUUAUUCGGUGGCAUGGUCGAAAGAGUCUGGGAGGAUUGCUACUGUAGGCUCCGAUGGAAAAUUGGUUGUCUACAAGGAAAAGGAAGAUGGAUCCUGGAUUGUGCAGUACGAAAGGGAAUCAUGCCAUGGAGUAUUUGAGAUUAACUGUGUAACAUGGGCCCAGUUGAACGAGAAGGAAGUGAUAAUUACAGCUGGAGACGAUGGAAAGAUUAAUGUAUGGGAGGUAUAG